UUCGCAUUAGUACUGCUAGGGCAAACAAAAGGGAUAACAGUAGUAGAUCCCUCGUUAUCAAAAUCAUACAGACGAAGAAACUCCCUUCUUCUCCUUUUCUCUAGUAAGAGCAAAUCAGUACACAGACGAUUUUCAUAAUGGCGUUGGCUUCUCGUAUCGUGUCGAGAUCUAGACAGUUGUAUGCUGGUCAGAUCCUCUUACAACAAGGACAUGCUGGUCAAGUCCGUUCAUUUGCUAAAGAAGCUGCACCAGCCACAGACCUGAAGGGAGAUCAGAUGCUGAAGAACAUUUUUUUGGACGUUAAGAACAAAUUCGAGACUGCCAUGAGUGUACUUCGGACGGAAAAGAUCACAAUUGAUCCAGAGGAUCCAGCUGCAGUCUCGCAGUACGCAAAAGUCAUGAAGACUGUAAGAGAAAAGGCAGAUUUGUUCUCAGAAUCACAGAGGAUCCAAUUUACCAUUCAGCAAAAGACUCAAGAUAUUCCAGAUGCACGUACAUAUCUAUUGACCUUGAAGGAUAUCCGAAUUAAGAGAGGUCUCACUGAUGACCUUGGUGCUGAGGCUUUGAUGAUGGAUGCAUUGGAGAAAAUUGAGAAAGACCUGAAAAAGCCACUUAUGAGGAAUGAUAAAAAGGGAAUGGCCCUUCUUGUAGCAGAGUUUGACAAGAUCAACAAGACUCUUGGCAUUCGUAAAGAAGAGCUGCCAAAGUAUGAAGAGCAACUCGAGCUGAGCAUUGCAAAGGCCCAGCUAGAGGACCUCAAGAAAAAUGCUCUUGAGGCAAUGGAAACACAGAAGAAAAGGGAGGAGUUCAAGGACGAGCCAAUGGUUGACGUGAAGUCAUUGGACAUCAGAAACUUCCUAUGAAUGUUUCCAACAGUUACCUGUUUAUGUCUGGUUACUUACUGGCGCAUAUUGGUGUCUUUUUGUUUACAUUUUUUUUUGUUCUGGGGUAAAACACACUCUCCAAGAACCUGAUCGGAUAUACUUCCUCCAAAGAAGAGUGUUAUUGCUUUUUCCUCUGCAUACACAACAGUUGAAUAAGAUUUUUGAAAUAAAUACCUGAUCAACUAACUGAAAGUGAUGCAAUUGUGUAGAAUGUUUUGUCAGUUGUCGAUUUAAGUACUUUGGAGUGUAUGAUAUUAUGAGGCAAUCCCUCGUUCCUUCCGACAUUCCCGUAUACAUUUUUAAACUUGACUUGAAAUGCUCUGUAAUAAGUUUUUAAUAUGGUAUUCAGUGCAAGUGGUGGAGAAUUUUCUUA